CGGAAGCGGUCGGGGCGCUGGGCAGGCAGGGCGAGAGGCGGCUCGGUGAAAAAGAAAACUGUCUAAUCAAAGAGCGAAGAUGCAGAGCACUUCAAAUUACCUCUGGCUAUUGUCAGACAUUCUAGGACAGGGAGCUACUGCAAAUGUUUUCCGAGGACGACAUAAGAAAACUGGGGAUUUAUAUGCUGUGAAAGUAUUUAACAGUAUAAGUUUCCUUCGUCCUGUGGAUGUUCAGAUGCGAGAGUUUGAAGUACUGAAGAAGCUAAAUCAUAAGAAUAUUGUCAAAUUGUUUGCCAUUGAAGAAGAGACAACAACCAGACACAAAGUACUAGUUAUGGAAUUUUGUCCAUGUGGGAGUUUAUAUACAGUUCUGGAGGAGCCAUCCAAUGCCUUUGGUUUGCCAGAGUCUGAGUUCUUAAUUGUGUUGAGAGAUGUGGUGGCUGGGAUGAAUCAUCUCCGGGAGAACGGCAUAGUGCACCGUGACAUCAAACCAGGCAACAUAAUGCGUGUUAUAGGUGAAGAUGGUCAGUCUGUUUACAAACUCACAGACUUUGGUGCUGCAAGGGAGCUGGAAGAUGAUGAACAAUUUGUUUCUCUCUAUGGCACAGAAGAGUAUUUACAUCCUGAUAUGUAUGAACGAGCAGUUUUGAGGAAGGAGCAUCAGAAAAAGUAUGGAGCCACAGUUGAUCUGUGGAGCAUAGGGGUGACCUUUUACCAUGCUGCAACAGGGAGUUUGCCUUUUCGACCUUUUGAAGGACCUCGUAGAAACAAGGAAGUGAUGUACAAAAUAAUCACUGGAAAGCCUUCUGGUGCUAUUUCUGGAAUACAGAAAGCAGAAAAUGGACCAAUCGAAUGGAGCUGGGAGAUGCCUGUUUCUUGUAGUCUUUCAAAGGGUCUGCAAGUACUGCUCACACCUGUCCUUGCCAAUAUUCUUGAAGCAGAUCAGGAAAAAUGCUGGGGAUUUGACCAGUUCUUUGCCGAGACAAGUGACGUACUGCACCGAAUAAUAAUCCACAUCUUUUCACUGCAGCAGAUGACCUUGCACAAAGUUUAUAUUCACAGCUAUAACACAGCUGCUAUAUUUCAUGAGUUGGUCUACAAACAGACAAAAAUCCCAUCUCAGAAUCAAGAACUGAUAUAUGAAGGUCGUCGUUUAAUACUGGAGCCUGGCAGAUUGGCACAGCACUUCCCCAGGACAACUGAGGAGAAUCCUAUCUUUGUAGUGAGCAGGGAGGCUGUGAACAUUGUUGGAUUGAUCUAUGAAGAAGUUCUGCUUCCUAAGGUACAUCAACGUUAUGAUUUGGAUGGUGAUGCCAGUAUGGCUAAAGCAGUAACAGGCAUCAUCUGCUACGCCUGUAGAGUUGCCGGUUUGCUGCUACUUUACCAGGAGCUGAUGCGAAAAGGAGUUCGGUGGCUGAUUGAAAUAAUCAAGGAUGACUACAAUGAAAUGGUGCAUAAAAAGACAGAGGUUGUCAUCAGGCUGGAUUUCUGCAGCAAAAACAUUGAGAAAGCCGAGAAAAUAUACGAGAAUUUGAUGCAGGUCAACUUGGAAUCAUCAGAAGUGGAUGAAAUUUCAGAGAUACACACAAAACUCUUGCGUCUCUCCAGCUCUCAGGGCACAAUAGAAACGAGCCUUCAAGAUAUCAAAUCCAAACUCUCUCCUGGUGGUUUACUGGCUGACACCUGGGCAAAUCAGGAAGGCAUGCAUCCAAAAGACAGAAAUCCAGAAAGGCUGCAAGCGCUGCUAAGUUCCAUCACAGAUAUUUAUUAUCAAUUCAAAAAAGACAAAGCAGAACGAAGGCUUUCUUAUAAUGAAGAACAAAUUCACAAGUUUGACAAGCAGAAGCUGUAUUUGCACGCUACAAAAGCCAUAGCUCUCUUCAAAGAUGAAUGUGUCAGCAAGUAUGAUACAUUUUUGGACAAGGCAGAGGACUGGUCAAGGAAAAUGCUUCACACAAGGAAGCAGUUACUGGCUCUUACCAACCAGUGUUUUGAUAUUGAAGAAGAGGUAUCCAAAUACCAGGAUUAUAUAAAUGAGGUACAAGAUGCUCUGCCUCAGAAAAUGUUUGCAGCUUCCAGUGGGCUGAAGCAUAAAAUGAAUACAGUCUAUCCAAGCUCAAACACGUUGGUGGAAAUGACUCUUGGUAUGAAGAAACUAAAGGAGGAAAUGGAAGGGGUUGUUAAGGAGCUGGCUGAGAACAAUCACAUUUUGGAAAGAUUUGGUGCUUUGACUAGGGAUGGUGUCCUGCGGAACGUGGACUGUAUGUAGCUUUCAAAGGACCUGAAGAGGACUUGUAAAUUAUUUUCAAAAGGGGGAAAAAAAGAGCUACUGUUGGGACAUUUAAAGGCAGAUAACGAAUCUGUAUUCAGUGGGGGUUUUUCCCCUCUACAGCUGUAGUAUUAAAAAAAACCCAAAAGGUGUAAAUAUGUAUGAUAUGUAAAUAUAAAAGAAAUAUAUAUCUCUUUUUGGGGGGGGUCAGUGUUAGGAUAGAAUUACUCCUGGCAGGGAAUUUAGCCCCUUGGAGGCUUUUUGAUAAAGUCCUAAAGGAAAAAAAGUGUUGUUGAUGCAAAUGACUUUUGUUGGAUUGGAAGAGUGCCCUUUUUUCCAGAAUUCAGUCAGGUAUUUAUUGCAAGAGGGCUUGCAGAACUUAACUAUUAUGAAUAGUCUUUAAAGGGUGUUUGGGAUUUCAGCUUAAUGACCGAGCUGAAUCAUCACAGAGCAUGAUGGUUUUUUUCAGUUGAGAUCUUUUAAAAUGGGGACAAAGAGCACAGAUAGUGCAGAGUAGGAACACAUUUCUCUUUCCUUCACAUCCAAACUGUUUGUUUGCUUUUACUUGAGAAAACAAAUGCACAAUGUUGGUUUGUUUUAAGUUCCUCUCCAUAUUUGGUGCCAUCUCUGUAACCACUUGACUGCUUUGUAUAUGGGAGUUUUGCACUUCAGGUUGUCAGACUGCAUGUAAAAAUUCCUCUUUGAGAGUACACAAGAGAAGUGGGGUUCUUACAACAAGGGAGCUUUUUCAGAGUCCUGUUUGUAGGCAUAAUUUUUAUAAAAGGUUAAAAAUCAGUAUUAGGAGAGUUUGUGGGUAGUCAGUAGACUAGAGAGCAUCAUGAUUCCUUCGUUGUCAAAAGAAAAGGAAAUUCACUGCCUUGGUGUCUGAGACCUGCUUUCUGCUGUUCUUGGUGAGAACCAAAUAUCAAAAGGGAAUUCAGCUAUUUUUAUACCCAAGUGAACAGCUUCUUUCUUUGCAAGCUUUGUCCCCCC